AUGGCUCCUACUACUUAUAUUAAAUAUAGUGAUGUGUUAAGUGAAGAUAUAGAAGCUUCUGCUUGGAAUGUUAUGAAGCAGGCUGGGAUUGAAGAAAAGAAAUUGGCACUUGAAGCAAAUUAUGUUGAUAUUGAUGGCAUACCUAUGUGUCCAGUAAUCGCGGAUGGACAAUGGAGUAAAAGGAGUUACAAGACAAAAUACGACGCAUUUUCAGGAGCAGUAAGAAUGUUUUAUAAUGUAUUUAAACUUUAA